AGAAGAAGAAGAAAAUAAUGGCCGUCGCAGGAAGUGCCGUGAAUGUGAAUAAUACCGUGAACGUCCUGGCCGUGACGGGCGAGAGGAUCGACUUCCACCUCGACGACUCGGACCUGCAGGAUUGCAUUGACAAUCCGCUGGACAUUGCGGAUCUGCAGCGCGUGAUCGAGCAGGGAGGGUCGUUCGGCGAGAAGGCCAUGGAGGAGGAAGACGAGGUCUCUGGGAAGAGGAUGCCUUUGUACGCGGGAGGCGCCAAGACGGAGCCUGGCAGCGGUUACAUGGAGCAAUCAGUCCUACCCGAUGAAAUAUCCCUCCAUACACGAGCGGGAGUCAAAGAAAAACUCAGCGGAGAGUCCUCGCAUGCGACGAUUACAAUCGAGGGCUCCGAACCGCACAUCUUGGCGCGAUAUCGAUGUAACUAUGACAGUUGCUCUAGAAGUUACAGCACUGUGGGUAAUUUGAGGACACACCUGAAGACUCACAGGGGUGAAUAUCGGUUUAAAUGCACCCAGGAUGGUUGUGGAAAGGCUUUUCUUACCUCCUACAGCCUCAAAAUCCACAUUCGCGUUCACACGAAGGUGAAGCCCUAUGAGUGUCCAGAGGGUGGCUGUGAAAAGUCCUUCAACACUCGAUAUCGCCUGAGGGCUCACCUUCGCCUGCACAACGGCGAGACAGUGAAUUGUACGAUGUGCCACAAGUUCUUCACCACGCUCAGUGAUCUCAAGAAGCACAUGAGGACGCACACUCAGGAGAGACCGUACAAGUGCGCCGAGGAUGGCUGUGGGAAGGCCUUCAUAGCGUCGCAUCAUCUCAAGACGCACAUUAGAAUUCACACAGGAGAGCGUCCGUAUUCGUGUCGCGAGGACAAUUGUACGAAGGCUUUCAGCACGGCUCACAGUCUCAAGUCCCAUGUGAAGACGCAUCAGAAGUACAAUCAGGCUAAGAGGGAGAUACCGACGCAAGAGAGGGGCGAUGGGAAGGUUUCGGAGGCAGAGUUGCAUGAUGAUUUGUCGGAUUCAAUAACGGAUAUUCUCAAGUCGACGGAAAAGAGUGACGAAUCUGCCGAGCAAUUUAACCUGGAGACGUCGAAGGCGAUCGAAAUGGCCAUAGCUAAUGAAAUAGAGAUUCCAUCUCCCUGGAUAGACGUAUCUGAACUGGCCUCGAAGCCCAUAAUGCCUGCAGUUCCCGUCACUCCGGCCUGCAUGGCUCUGCCAACCGGUGUCACAUCAUACGUUGAUCUUCCCUUCAACAUCGCCUCGGCGGACACGGACUUCAUUGGGUCCACCUUUGAGGCUGAACAGAUAACAUUUGAGCAGCUCUUUGGGUCGGACAAGGAGAAGGAUGGCCAGGAAAAUCUCACUGCUAGUGGAAACACUUUGGAAAUUGGCACAAACUUCUCACCGAUCCCCACGGAUUUGGGCAAUAAGCAGCAAAUUGAGGCUGAAGCUCUGCUCAAUGAGAUUUUCUUCGACACACUCAACACACCGACGUCCACAAUGUCACUCCAGGGGAAGAUUAUGAUGUCUGAGCAAUUUGAGAACAUGCAGAACAACGUGGAAUUCCCUGAGACGGUGACAGGAAGCAGUGCAGAUGAGAUGUUAAUGGUGAGAACGGCUUCGGUACUCGGAAAUGGGAGCAGAACUCUUCAGGACAUCACAGCAGAUGCUGAUAUUUGCCGAUGCACGAAAUGCACGUGCGAUCAUCAAUCCGGAGGGUGUCAAGGUGGCUGUGGUCCCAAUAAUCCAUGCAGAUCACCGGAGAAUCCACAGAACAGCACAGAUUCGAACAAUAAUUCGUCAGAAGUGGAGAAGCUCAUCGGCGAAAGCUCGUCUCGUGAGGAAAGUGGUGGAAAUUCCUCUUCGUGCAAGUGUUCAUCACUAAACGAGGGUGUGGCAAAUGGAUGCUGCGUGGUUAUUUGCCUGAAGACACUCGAAACGCUGCGUUCGUUCGUGCAGAAGAACAACAAGCUCAUCACGUGUGGUGGAUCGUCGAUGUGCACGAGUUAAGCCAGGGUUUAGUAAUGACGUCGUGAAUUGUUUGCAACGCAUUGAAGCAAUAGUCAAAGAUUGAAGCUUUUAAUCAAAACUGCAGAGUGAGUAAUUUUGCUUUAAUUUAUGCACCAAUUCUGUAUCCAGAUCACAAAAAUCUGCCAAAGACUAAAACGCUCAGUAACGAGGGAAACUGAUCAAACAAUUGAAAUCCCAGUUCUUUGCUUCAAGCGCAAAUUUGAAUGGAAAAAAAGGAAGAACAUUGUGGAGAAAUCCGAAAGUAUUUGAAGCUUUUUGCGAUAAAUUUAAAAUAAUUUUAUAUACAAUAUUUUUAUGACUAAAACCAGCUUUAUGAUGACUCAAAGUUUGCAUUAACGAGAAUGAACUCACAUUGAUGGUAACUCUAUUGUUCUUGAGCUGAGAAUAGCAGAGUUUUCACAUUGAGCGCACUGCAAUUAGUGAGAGUGCCAUAAAUAGAAACAGGCUUUAGGUGGUUGAACUAGUCAAGGAAUAAUGAAAUAGAGCAAAGAUUUGUUUUUGAGAAUAUUGCAAUUACCUCAAAAUGCAAGAUAGUAUCGUGGUUAUACAAGCAAUAAGAAUGAAAUAAAGCAUUUCGCACACUUA